AUGGACGGCUUCGACGAUCUACUCGCGCCUUCUCGCAGCGUCCUCGAAGAAAAUCCAUUUUCAGAUCCAUUCGGGAAGCGUUCAGGCUCUCCAGAUCCAUGGGCGUCGCCAUUUGUUCAGCAACACGACAGUGUAUUUCACUCUGGAUUCGGCAGCCACGAACCGACCUCGCCUACGGAUGAGCCAGCUCACGACGAGGAGGUCAUGGUAGCUACUCCAGUGUCGCCAACGACAUCGGUGGAUCCAUUGGACUCUGCUGCAGCCAACGAGCCAGAGGAAGAGGAAGAGCACAAGUCUCCACCAACAUCUCCAUCCCCCGGCUUCCGCGAAAGUGUAGAAGCUGCAGCAACGGAGACGGAGCCUUCGCGUACGAAUUUCUCUGAAACAGCGACAAUCAGGCCAACAGAACCUGAGGAGCUCGAGCCCACCAUUCCUGUGCCAGAGGAACCAGCACCAAGGCAGGAUGAUACAGCUCUACCCAGCCAUACCAAGAGCAUAUCUCAGAGCGGUCCUGCACUAUCUCACAGCGAACCAGCUUGGGGUCCUCUCGAACAAACUGGUAACGUCGACCGCGCUUUUUCGAGUCUAUCACUAGGCGGCGAAACUUUGGGUGGAUGGAGAGGUGAGCAGGAGAACUGGAGCAAUGAUCGCCCUGCGUCAAGGUUCCCAACGGAACAAGACGAUGACAGCGACGAUGACAAGCCUAUUGGAACACUGCGUUCGCCAGAAAGAGGUGGACUGACGUCUCCGCGAACUCAACACGAACCCAAAGCCGACCAGCCCAUGUUCGAUAUUAGCGUUGACGACCCUCAGAAAGUAGGAGAUCCCAUUCGGUCGUUUACAAUGUACACGGUGCAUACACGGACCACAGUCUCCUCUAUACCAAAAAGCCAUCCUUUUCCUGUUCUCCGACGCUACUCCGACUUUCUGUGGUUAUACGAGCAGCUAUCACUUAAUAAUCCUGGUGUCGUCGUCCCACCUGUUCCAGAAAAGAACACCUUCGGUCGAUUUGACGACCAGUUCGUACGCCAACGCAGGUUUGCCCUAGAGAAAUGCAUACAGAAGAUCGCCAAUCACCCGAUAUUGGGCAAGGACACUGAUCUGAAGAUGUUCCUGGAGAGCGACAGUUUUGCAUUGGAUAUUAAACACCGGAAAGCUCAGAGUGGCGGUUUGAUGGCUACGAUCGGGCACAGUCUGACUGGGCCAAGGUUUUCUGAAACUGACGAGUGGUUCGAUAAACAGAAGGGAUACCUUGACAGCCUUGAGUCUCAACUCCGUGGACUUGCGAAAGCCAUCGAAGCAGUGGCCAAGCAGCGUGCAGAGAUCUCUGUAGCAACCGGUGAAUUUGCACAAACAGUAGCAGACUUGUCAUCUUCAGACAUCGGGAGUCAUUUGGCACAGUCGCUGGCAGGCCUUGCAGAUGUUGAACGCAAAGCCCAGGAUAAUCAAGUUGCACAAUCAGAACAGGACAUGGCCACGUUGAUGGCAACUGUCGACGAAUAUGCACGCUUGAUAAACUCUGUUCGACUAGCGUUCUCUUCCCGUAUCCGAACAUAUCACGCAUGGCGGAACGCUGAAGGCGAAGCAGUCCGGGUGAAACAGACUCAUGAACGCAACAGGGCUCAAGGGCGAGUACCAUCGGAUAGGGCGGGAUAUGGACUUUCACAGAUUGCCGAUGCGGAACGGAAAGCACUGGAAGCCAAACACGAGUUUGAAAGUGUCUCAAGGUUGGUCAAAUCAGAAGUUGCCAGGUUCGAGCAGGAGCGAAUCGAGGAUAUCAAAGAUUCCUUAAAUGCCUUCUUGGAGGGUAUGAUUGCGAGACAGAAGCAGAUGAUAAACCAUUGGGAGAAUUACCAGCAAAUGCUGCUAAAGAAGGUUGGCGCCGGGCGCGGUGCUAAUCCUUAA